GAGAAGGAGGGCUGUUGUAUGGGACAACCAAGAGAGAGGGAGCGCGCAUACGUGUGUCGUCUCUUCGGUCGCGGGAGAAUCGCGGCUGCUCGCGAGAGAAGCAGGUUGUAACUGGAUGGUGGGGAAGAGAGAUGAAUGCAAGGCGGGUAGACGGUGAGGGACAAAGUACGAAACGAACAGCUGGAAUGACGGAGAGGAACGAGCGCGCGAACGAGCGAGAGGGAAGCAGCUGGACUGUGUUACCUCCAACGCGGCGCAGCGCGGUGCGGCGCGGAGACGGAUGCUGCGGCAAGGCGGAUCGAGAGGGAGAAGGAGAACGAGAUGGGGGAAGAUCAGAAGAGAUAGAUAGAUAGAAGGAGCGAGAGCGUGACAGUGGGAAGAACGGAGGCGCGAGUGAGAUCGGCCGGUGAGGAGCGAGAAAGAUGGUGGAGCAUAUACUCGCGAGAAGGCUGCGGUAGUCUUUCUUGGCUGGCUAGGUGAGAUAAGGACAAGGCGGACAAACGGACUGAAGAAGGUGCCUAAGGUAGGGAUACUCAGUCUCGCGGCCACGUGCUACACGAGCGCACGCCCCGAGCCGGCCGGCGGUCCAGCCAGCCAGCUACGACAUCGUCCUCUUCUUCUUCGUUCUCGUAUCAAUUCGCGCUUUCUCCCGUCCAUUUGUUCGUUCGUUCAUACCUCCGUCAGUCUCUUUUUGUUGAACGAAAAAGUCGCGCGACGUAGUUCCGAGCGAUCGGUGUGGUUCUUCAGCAUCAUCAGCAUGCUCCAAAAGGAGCAACACGCGCGCAGUGAUCCUGAAGAGAUAUUGAAGGGACACUCAUUGUCAGCUGUGAUCCGCGCGGAGGGCGAUAUCCUGUUGUGAUUCUUUCCGAUGGAUGAUCGCGUUUUUCCCCUGCCGGAAGAUAUUUUCGACACGAAUGUGGAUCAUAUAAAUAUCGGUUUAGUGUAAUACCGACGUUAUCGUAACGAGGACGAUCGCGUACUGUUUGACAACAUACAGUGCGUGGAUGAAGAACGUGCGUCGAUGUGUGCUUUCUGUGUUAAAUAAGGGCGGGUGGCGACGACGCGUGCUGUCACAGCGGACUGACAUGUGUCCAUAAAGGCGACGGUGCGAAAAAUUGGAAAAGGGUUUGAUACGGAAGUGUAUCGAGAGGAAAAGGAAUAAACGGGAACAUUUGGUGAAGGACAUUACAUAGGCCGGAUGUCACACGUCGCGUGAACGUUUCAGCACGGCGAAACGCGAGAAGCGCGCAAAAUGGUGGCUCGUUACGUCAAACAGAAAGAGGGUAGGUCGGGUCACAGGCCAGGACGGCUGACACCGAGGGAUUAAAACGUGUCGAAUGGAUGUGGGCGAUCUGUCAGGUCCGGCAGGAUUGGUAGGGAGCGGAUCCAUCUCGGUUGCGACGGGUGUUGGUAUUAUUGCCAACGCGUCAUCCGCCACUCCAGGGUGGUGGACGCCUACGUCGACAAUUACAUCGGCAGCGGCCAACACCGACGUGAUGAAUCAGCUCUGCAGGGUUUGCGGAGAGCCAGCCGCGGGUUUUCACUUUGGGGCCUUCACGUGCGAAGGCUGCAAGUCCUUCUUCGGGCGCACCUAUAACAAUCUGGGUAGCAUUUCCGAAUGCAAGAAUGGCGGCGUCUGCGUGAUCAACAAGAAGAAUCGUACCGCCUGCAAGGCAUGUCGCUUGCGGAAGUGCCUGAUGGUGGGCAUGUCCAAGUCCGGCUCACGCUAUGGCCGGCGCUCCAAUUGGUUCAAGAUACAUUGUCUGCUGCAAGAACAGUCUCAGCAAGCGCAAAAUCGCUUGAUCAAAGAUCCCAAGUCCGCGUAUGAGAAAGCGUUCGGCUCGUUAGACGCCGCGAAUAACAAUAAUAAUAAUAAUACCGAGAACGCCAGUAACACUAGCGCCAGUAGCAUCGUCGGCAUUGUCACUACGGCGACGACUACGGCGAACAGUUACCAUCAUCACCUGCACCACCAUCAUCAUCCGGAUCGAUUGCCCAAGAGAGAGGAUGGUGCGCUCAGGCCACCGGAUAUUCCGGUGCAACUAAGGUCACCCGACAUCCCGCCGAGAACCAGCCAGGAAGCGAUCCUGAGGCCUACCGAUCUCCCGAGGGCACCGCACGAGAUGCUCAGGCCCGAAGUUUCGAGGUUCCCUAUGUGGCGGGGUCCACCGUUGUUUCAUCCAGCGCUCACGCACAUGCAGUUGCUGAACACGCCGUUCUUUCCGUUUCAGCAACGCUUUAUCGUACCUUAUGUGAAUCAAGUAGGUCCACCGCAGAUGGCGACCAGUUUGUCGAGUUCGUCCAGCGAGAGCAUCAGUCCGCGAUCGACUCCAUCGCCAACGAAGAGAAGUGAAGAGAAUCGAGAAUGCCGCGAGAUCGAUCGCGAGACCGCCGAACGAGACAGAUGUCCCAGAGCAGGUUCGAUAGAGGUCGCAUAUGAUAAGAAUCUGACGUUCUUGCGAUCUCUCGGGCCAGAGCAAGAUGAGCCAAUGGAUCUCACUAUGAAGGACACACGAACAGAUGGACAGGAGGUGGAUGCUGGCAGCAUGGAGGAGGAAGAGGAGAAGUCGAGCAACAGCGAGGAAAAUGAGCUUCUGCAGGACACCGGACCGCCCUUGGAUCUCACCCGAAAGACAUGACCUCGGAUACCAAACGGUGCUCACUAAGUGCUCAACAAUAACUCAAUCCGAUCGAGAAAGGAUCGUCAUCGGUGUCAGCCCAAAUUCACGUGGAUAAUAGGGGCAAGGUCGCCGAGUAAUUUGUUGAAAUAGAAGCUAACGAUCAAAGCCUCUCCCAUAGCAGGAGGAAGGAAACGAACGAUCAAAGGAAAAAAUGAAUGGAUGGGAAAAUGACGAAAAAGAAGGAGGCAAAGAGAAAGGUGAAGAAGAGAAUGGAGAAGAACGCGCGAAUCAUACGAGAUGCGGAGAGAGGGUGAAAGAAGGUACAGUUACAUCGUAAUAACGCGGCGAGCGAGAAGCACGGCCAAGUGUCAAAGGUGCCUUGGCGCAAGAAACGAGGAGGCGACUCAGGGGGAAAGAGGAGUAGCCGAAUACGAUUACGUUGGAACGACACGAGAGGGAAAAGCAGGAGGAAGCGGGGAGAGCGCGGUCGGCCUACGCCGAAGAAGAGGAAGAAGAAGAAGAAGAAGAAGAAGUGCCGCGCGUAGCCAGCCGGCAUAAACGGCUUUACGAUCGGCGAUCGUCCGAUCGAUGAAAAUUGCUCAAGCCGCUCGGUAUUAGCCGACACACAGGUCUCUUUUGCCCGGUCGUACCCCGACGGCAGGUGCACAUUGACGAAGCGACCGAGAAUAUAUCGGCUCGCGAUACAUUCUCUUUCGUCGGAGAAACGUACGACGGACGUAUCGUGCCUUAUUAAGCUGGCAUCAGACUAUGCGCGACUCGCGAUUCCGGCUAUUCGUUAUUGAGUCUCGUGCAUAUUGUGGACAGGUAGAUUCGUCGCGUUCGUUAUUCGUCGCUAAUUCAUCAUUCGCGCUGAUUCGUCAGCGCGGAGCGGUAUAUCGACGAAACUAAGAGGCGUGAAACACUAUCGGAUCAAUUCAUUCGUGAUCGUUCGUGUAUAGAGCUGCGCUAUGCGAACGAACGAGACUACGAAUCGCGAAUCGUGUGGCAGGGUUCACAUCGGCGAACCGACGAAUUUCCACUACGGAUCACGAACCGCGAAUCACGAAUCACGAAUCGCGCAUAUCGUAGCAUCAGCUUGAAGCGGUGCCUUAAAAAAUACGGCGGUAAAGAUACCGCCGGUGAUAGUUUAACGUUAAACGAUAUGUAACCGUUUGCCGUUGCGUGGCGACAACGCACGGCGGGAUGGCCAGUGAGUGCUUCGCGCGUACUAUUGCGC